AACAGCCACCAGUGCUCUUCCUACUGGACAACUGUAUACUUCGGAUUCAGCCACCCAGCUAUCCUUCAAGACCCUUUCCUUGUCCUUUGCCUCUUUACUUGCUUUAUCCUUUCUCUGACUAUGUCAGGUAAGCACAGCACAAUUCCCAUGUCUCUGACAUUACACAUUCCUUCCGAUCCCAAAUAAGUUGAUUAGUGGGGAUCAAUAACCUUGGGAGACUAGAGGAUGUUCUUGAAGAGGAAAUCGAAAGAUGAACUUUGACUCAUGGUUGGAAUGUGUAUAAGAAUGUGACUUAGGACGCAUGGUUUACCUGUGGCGCCAAAAAUGUGUGUUAAUCUUUUCUCGGGUCUGACUUAGUACCUAUGCUCUGUUCCCUUUCUUUAUUAAUGAAUGUGGAAUAAUAUAGGGCACAGGAAAAGAAAAUUAACCAAAACAUGUUAAGUGUGACAGUUUCAGCAGAAAGUGAAAUCAUCACAGUCAGUCGGUUGAGAAAACUUAAGUCUGUGUCAAGGUAGUUCACCAGAGACAAGUCCCUACACUAGGGCCUCCACCUAUAUGCAGUGACCAUGGCUGUUCACAUGUUACAGAGGUGUGAAUCUGAAAUGGGUGAAAACACAGUUAGCGUGACUCCAGGGCACUAGGACUGUGCUAGAUCUAGAAAGAUCCUUUAGGAGAAGACAUUUGCGAGGGAUUGCAAGAAGCAGAAGUCAACAGAAACUGUGUAGGCCUGGGUGAUUGGGGUGGAAGACAGUAUACAGAAUGAGAAGGGAGCACAGAAAUAAAAAGAAAUUGAGCAAGGGCAUGGGGAUGUGCACCGCAAAGGAAUAUCCUCUGUGGAUGAGGAUGAGAGGGAAACUUCACGGGGAACAAGGAAUUCAGCAGACCACAGAAUAAACACACAGAACAGUCUCCUCAUACAAGGGCAAAGAGAGGCUGUGUGCGCAGCAAACCUUCUUUGGAAGGUGUGAGUGGGAAAGUGAGGCUGGAAUUGGAUUUUCCUGGGAAAAUGGGCCUCAUCAGAAUUGCCACCUUCUCUGGCCUGUUGUUAGCAAUUGUUUCUUCCACCCCAGAGGCCACUUCAAAAUACUUGGGAGUGAAUAUUUUCAAAGUGGGGCACAUGAUUCUUCCUUUAUAUGUGAUAAGUAAUGUCACCAUCUAGAGGGCUAGGAAAAUAGUUUUGAGCAGUCCAUUUAAUGUUGAUUUUUCGCUAAAGAAUUUUUAUAGAAUGAUGUUUACUACUAGUUGUGUACCAGAAAGAAAGCUUGCUCUGUGUGCUCAGCAAAUUUUACAUCAGACGUGAUGCAGAUUGCACCCUUGGUGUCAACAUCAUUCACCAAUGUUCAUGCUCAAGAUCCGUUUUUCACACAGGAGAAACUAAAGAAUUAGUUGGUUCCAAUUAAAAAGGAAACGACAAGCCCUGCUUUUUGCAUUGGAGUUUCAUCUAAAUCAAUUUUGGGUGCUGCUGUGAGCUCCCCUGCUUUUCAAUGAAUUCUUUCAGUUCCUGUUCUUCCAGGUACAGAGGAGGCUGAGGCAUAAUCAUUGUAAGUAAAAACCCACAUGGGCAAACACCAAAACAUAACAGAAAUAGGAAAGAACACCUGGGGAUUCAGAUAAGUGACAGUAUCCCAGGCUUCAGUUACAGACUCUUAAAGGGGAAACAAAACAAAAGAAAUGAAAAACAAAUAAAGAAAAUGCUAAGGAUGGUACUAAGUAAUGUACUAUGAACAUAAAAUAAGAAAGAGACCAAAGUAAUCUGUCCAAAGUAAAUGAAAUAAUAUAUAUCGAUAGCAUUUGACUUGUAAUCUAAGCGUGACGAGUGAAAUUUUCUUCCUCUUCCCCUUUGUUUUUGCACUUCUGCUUCUUUUAUUCCUCUGCCUCCUCUUCUGUCUCAGUCUCCCUUCUUCCUUUGUCUAUCUUAUCUUGUUAUCAGCAGUUAAAUUCAGGAACAAGUGCUUGCCACAUAGGUGCUGUGCCACUGAGCUACAUCCAUGGCCCAGUGACAGAUUUCUUUCUAGAAGUGAAACGCAUCCUGAUUGCUGAAGAUGACUGUUUAGUAAGAUGGGGAGAGAAAUGGGAACUUUCAUGAUUCUCUUUCAGUGUAGCCUUCGCCAGUGACAACAUCCACUGUGAAAUCUGGCUCUUGGGAUGAGUAUUAUUCCUAGGUGGGUGUAACUGAAACAACAGUGCAUGAGCAGAAUCAUGGAAUUCACUUAUAUUUGUUUUGUACACCAUGCUGUGCUGGCUUUUUCUUUCUUUACUUUUGUUUUUGUUUUUAUUUUCUCUUGCUUUUGCCUUCUUUCACUGUUUGUUUAUGAGAUAAGGUCUCUAUUUGUUGACCAGACUGGGUUUCAAAUAGAAUUGUAUACUGAUAAAUCUUCCUGAGAGCUGGCAACAGGGGCCAAGUACCACCACAGAGGAUGUGCCACUCUCAAUCACAUUGUGACUAGAUUUCAAAUGCAUAAACUAUGAACUCUCAGAAGGAUGCUUAAUCGGUGUUUGAGGCCUGUGGCACACUUUUCACAGCCAGAGUUUCCAUGCUCAUAUUUGCUCAGGACGACCACACUCAAAAAGAAUUGCUAGUAGGCACUAACUUUGGUUCAUCACGUUUCCUACAACAAGGAAAUCACAUUUAUUUGGCUGAUGUGGCUUGUAUAACAGCACUUUCUGUAUAGAUCCACUAUUCUUUGUCACUUGCCAACAAACUAGCAAAUGAACUCUGGUAUGACUCUGGGACCACAUUAUUUAUAAUGGUCCAUAUUCUUCUUUCUCUGUGUGAUGCUAUAGUUCUUCAUUUAACUAUCUCUACAUCUGCAGAGCCUGCCUUAUCUUCCUCCAUGGAAAUCCUGUGUUGUAUGUCGGUUUCAAGCAUAAGUGAAAUGUCACUGUGUUUUGUUUGGAACCACUUUGGAGAUGAGUAACUUGUAAGGCAGACAGAUUAAAAUACAUUUUUUUCUCUAUGCCAUUUCUGGAGAAAAUGAUCCUCAGGUACCCAUGCAGACAUAGUGUCAGAAGGUAGGUGUGCAGAAGGGAAAGAUAGAGUCCUGCAAUGUACCAACCAACCAGGAAUAUAAAUGAGCCAUGGGAGAAAGGGAAGGUCCUGCACCUGCACAAUGAGGUACCAAAGAAGAAAAGCUUAAGAGUCAUACUGUCUCCAAGCAUGUGAGUACCUAAAUCCCUACCAAGGGUUUCUUUCCAACUCCUUUGUGGGUUUUGUUCCCCUGACAGGGAGUCAGGGUCUGUAACCUGAUCCUGAUACUAAUUGUUUGGAGCCCUUGAACAAUUCCAUGGGGCCUCCCUGCUGUGAAUGUCCUCACUCAACACCAGUAAGCUGACAAAUCUCUGGAGUGGGAAGGGUUUGAAACCCAACUCUGUGGGUCCUAAGUCAGGGUGUGUGCAGGGACCAUGCAAUCACGGACAGACCAGGGUUAGGAGAAAGAGGCGACUUAGGACCAUUGAGCACCUGUGAAGGGGUGUGUGGGGUCUUCCGAGAUCCAGAUGGCAGAGACAUAACUUAUGAGAAGCACUGCAACCACUGCAUCAAGUUGGGGCACAGGAAUGUCUUUCAUUGCUGGCCUAAGACUGAAGACUGGUACCACAGGCAUUCCAGGUAGAAGGACCUUAGGACAGGUAGUAGUGAUGCUCAACCACACUGAGAAUUUGUCAGUCUCAUCCGUGUUUUCGUGGCCCUCUUGCUUCCUGCAGAACAUUUCCAUAUUCCACCAUCUACUGGGACCUCCAGUGCUCAGCAGCUCUCACCUUGCAUGGUGAGCAAGGCUGCUUUAACACCAAGUGCCUGCAGCUCCAGCGGAGGAACACCUCCAGGCCUCAGUUCAGCAAGGCUCCCGCCCUCCACCUCUGCCACCUACUUUGAGCCAGUCACGGCCAGUACCUACAUUUACCAACACUGUAGCAUAAGUAGGUUUGCAGGGGUUUCUGGCCAGAGCCAGCUGUCCACUUCGGCUUUGCCAUACUCAGGUCUUUGGCAGUGGGAUCGGAGGGCAAGCUCUACAUACCGAUAUCCACCCCUCUAUAACGCUGCCGUGACUGUCACUGAGCAGAGCAUGGUAGUGGCCUCAACACCCAUGCCUGUCUGUGCUGCUGCCAUGAUCCCAGUAUAUCCAUCUGCCAGCCUGGUUCCUGCAACACAACCCACACGCAUGGCAAGUCAAGGACACGGCCAGUACUACAGUCAGGGUGCCCUGGGGCCUCUGCUGUCUGCAGGGCAUGGAGCACUGUACCCAUAUGAGUGUGUGCCACACACAGGCAGUGGGGCCUCUGGGCCUCAACAGCACAUUGUGAUGGUGCUGAAGGAGAUCCAGCACACAAAGAUGACAUCGUCCUCUGCUGCUCCAACCAUGUACAGUUCAGAGUCGAUGCAAGCCAACACUGAAAUGCGUUAUCCAGUGAAGGAAACUUAUGCAGAGCAAGACAGAUCCCUGGGAUCAGAAGAUCCGGUCCAGGAAGUAGAUGCUCCACACCUUCGAGAAUUCAUCCAGUCUUGCACAAGUAGCUGUACUCAGUUGCUUCAGGACCCUGAACGUCCAGGCCUGCGGGCUUCAACUGAAUGUGCCAUCCCUGAAGAGUUGGGGUAUUCAGAGGGCCUUGGGAGAAAACAUCACCUGAGUCCUCAGCAAGCAGGGACCCUUGACAAGGGCAUCGAGUGGAGCCCCGGGUGGGCAAAUGUUGGGGUCCUGGUGGAGAACAUUCAUCUUCCUCAAGUGCUCCAUCCCUUAGAAGAUCUUGAGGACUCCAAACAUCCAACAGCCAUGGAAGCCCACGAUGAUGGGGCCAUGGAUGUGAAUGGGGCACAAGAGAGUUCAGGGAUGGAAAAGUGUCCCAGUCCUCAAGGGAGGGAGAGUAAACGUAAGGCCUCAGGGCCCAUGGCUGUUGCCCCAGAAGCUAAGAUCCAUGUGAAGGCGAAGGACAGCCAGUUAGGUGGACCAGAGGGCCUUUGCAGUGUAGUCGCCAGUGGAAGAGCUCCUGAGGCCAACACAGAGAAGACACAUAGAAAGUCUCCCAGAGGAGCAUCAGGCAGGCCCAACCAAGAUAAGGGUUGUGGGCAAGCUCGGGCCAAGAAGACCAACAGAAAGAAGGCGGCAGAGAGAAGGCAAGCAACAGCCCAAAUCAAGGCCCAAGACAAACCAAUUGCAAACAGGAAGCCCAAGAGACAGCCACCCGUGCUUGGCCAAGAGUCCUUCAAAAUGCCUCGCACCUCCCUAGGGAUGCACAUGCUAGAAUCCGUGCAGGUUUUCCACCCAUUAGGGAAGAAGCUAGAAAAGAGAGCUGGGCCUAUUUCCUCCCAGGCCCUGGGAAUGUCCAAUGACACCAAAGUUGCCAAAACUUCGCAUGCCUCCAAACCAUGGCCAAGGGCCCCACAUGUGGGAAAGGGGACUGAAAGAGCUAGGGACAACUCCCAGAACCUGCAGAAGCCUGGUGGGACAGAGGACUCAAAUGCAACCCUUUGUGAGCGCCCACCACCUGGGCAGGUGAAGUUAAUACCUUUGCAGUUUCCCAGUCCUGCAAAGCAUCAGGAAAAGCCUGUCUCUAGAAGGCCACGGGCUUUGGCUUCAAGGAGACCAUGUAGCUCAGCCCUCCGGACAUGCAGAUACUAGCACAGCUCACCC